UCAGCUGCUCGUCCAAGAUGUCUUGCAAAAUCAGGGCGGUUUCUCUGCUCGUUCUCGUCCUGCUGACGAUAUCCUUUUCGGAGGCUAGUCUUCGUCAUCGCGAAAUAACCUCUGAUAUUUCCACUUCCGCGAAUAAGUUCAGCGCCCGAAUCGUUGGAGGAGAAGUGUCCGAUGUCCUAGCUGCUCCCUAUCAAGUCUCGAUUCAAAAUGCUUAUGGUAACCACGUUUGUGGCGGCGUCAUCAUCCACGACCAGUGGGUGGCCACUGCGGCCAGUUGCGUGGCUGGACUGCGAAAGAACAACGUGAGGGUGGUGACCACCACCUACAACGACUGGGGAGGAGCGGGGUGGUGGUAUGCCGUGGAGGAGAUCGUGAUGCACUGCAACUUCGACGAGCCGAUGUACCACAACGACAUCGCCUUGCUCAAGACAGAAACGCUGUUCGCCUACGACGAGGUGACGCAGAACAUCACCAUUGCUCCGCUGGAGGAUUUGACGGAGGGUGAGACCCUGACCAUGUACGGAUGGGGCAGCACGGAGAUCGGCAGCGACUUCGCCUGGGAGCUGCGCCAACUGGACCUGACCUACGUGACGCCGGCGAAGUGCAAUGCCACGUACGGUGGCACUGGAGACCUGGACUGGGGUCAUCUCUGUGCCGUGGGAAAGGUGGGUGCCGGUGCCUGUCAUGGCGAUGCCGGAGGACCCCUCGUCGACAGGCGGGGUCGCCUGGUGGGCGUGGGCAACUGGGGCGUGCCCUGCGCCUACGGAUUCCCCGACGUCUUCGCGCGCAUUAGCUACUACUACAGCUGGAUUAUAUCCACGAUUAACGGUUGCGCUAUUAAGUAAUAAAGCUGUUUGAAAAUU